CGUAAACCAGUCGAGCGAAUCGACGAACAACCCAAUCUCCCCCACAGAACAUUUUUCACCUCUGGGUGGUGUCUUCAGUUUCUUCUGCAUCCGGGAGCGAGCCUCAGGCAGAGAGGUUGAAGGAGGCAAACACAAGAUCGCAUAAUCGAUUCGCAGAGAAAUGGCUGCCAUCUUAGCUCGCAAGUCUCUCUCCGCUCUCCGCGCUCGGCAGCUGGCUGUAUCUGGUGAGGCAUUGCGGACCUCAUCUCUGUACGCCAUGCGAUUCAGUGCUUUAUUUUCAACGGACAGAGAGGAUAUAGAGAGAGAGGAACUCGCAAAGGAAAUUUCGAAGGACUGGAAUUCUGUGUUUGAGAGAAGCAUAAACACACUCUUCCUUACUGAAAUGGUCCGUGGGUUGUCGUUGACGCUGAAGUACUUCUUUGAGCCAAAAGUUACUAUCAACUAUCCAUUUGAGAAGGGUCCUUUGAGUCCUAGGUUUCGUGGGGAGCAUGCUCUCCGCCGAUAUCCUACUGGAGAGGAACGUUGCAUUGCUUGCAAACUUUGUGAAGCUAUUUGCCCUGCACAAGCCAUCACAAUUGAGGCAGAGGAACGAGAAGAUGGAAGCCGUAGGACUACUAGGUAUGAUAUUGACAUGACCAAAUGCAUCUACUGUGGAUUUUGCCAAGAGGCAUGUCCUGUUGAUGCCAUCGUUGAAGGACCAAACUUCGAAUUUGCCACCGAAACCCACGAGGAGCUUUUGUACGACAAGGAGAAACUGCUCGAGAAUGGUGACCGCUGGGAAACCGAGAUUGCCGAGAACCUCAGGUCCGAGAGUCUCUAUCGCUGAGACUGCCAUUCGAAGCCAGUUGUUUGCCUGAACAUGGAGAAUAAAAGGAUCCGCGCUUACGGGAACUGAAAGGGAUUCAGAUUCCGCGCCUUGUUGUUUUAUAGUUUGACCAUGGAGUUAUGCUUUUUGCCCUGUAAUUGUUGGGAGCUUACUUGGUUUCUCUAUGUGCAAUUACCUCAACGAUUUUUGUCAUAUAUUAUCAUGAGAAGAGAAUUAACCGACUCUCCUGCUGUGACUAAGGGAAUUUCCAA